UUACCUCACAACCUCUGCUCUGCCCCUUUCUCUCCUCUGUUUUUUUUUGGGCACAAACAACAAAACAGAGCAAUAUACAUAUAUAUGUAUCUUUGUAUCUAUCUAUCUAUCAAUAUAUAUAAAUAUUUAUAUAAUUUCGCAUAAACUUUAUCAUCUUGGCUUUGAAUUUCCUAUAGAAAGGAAAAUGAUUGAUUAGAGUAGAGUAGAGCAAGAAUCUCUAUAGCCCAUCUCUCUCUCUAACUCACUCUCUCUCUAAAGCUAUGCUUAUCUAGCAGUGACGGUGACCCUUUUCAGAUCUCUGAAAAUACAUACAGGAAUAUAUACAUAUAUUUAUAUGUGUAUGCGUAUGUGAGCUGUUUGACCUAAUGGGCGAGGGUAGCAGUGGGGUGGAGGUUCUCUCUUGGCUGAAAACCCUACCAGUGGCUCCAGAGUACCACCCAACCCUAGAGGAGUUCCAAGAUCCCAUUGCCUACAUUUUCAAGAUCGAGGGCGAAGCUUCCAAGUAUGGAAUCUGCAAAAUCGUGCCCCCAGUGGGGAUGCCGCCGAAGAAAACCGCCAUUGCUAACCUCAACAAGUCGCUGGCGGCGCGGCCUCGCUCCACGGGCCCCACAUUCACUACCCGGCAGCAGCAGAUCGGGUUCUGCCCCAGGCGCCACCGCCCGGUGCAGAAACCGGUGUGGCAGAGCGGGGAGAACUAUACGCUCCAGCAAUUCGAGGCCAAAGCCAAAGGGUUCGAGAAGAAUUACUUAAAAAAGAGCUUCAAGAAGGGGGUGUCGCCUCUGGAGGUCGAGUCGCUCUACUGGAAGGCCACGGUGGACAAGCCGUUCUCCGUGGAAUACGCCAACGAUAUUCCCGGGUCGGCUUUUGCGCCGAAGAAAGCGGAUUCUGUUGGGGAAGGGGCGGCCACUGUGGCGGAGACAGAGUGGAAUAUGAGAGGGGUAUCCAGGGCCAAAGGCUCUCUCCUCAAAUUUAUGAAGGAAGAGAUACCCGGCGUUACUUCGCCUAUGGUCUACAUUGCUAUGAUGUUCAGUUGGUUUGCUUGGCAUGUUGAGGAUCAUGACUUGCAUAGCUUGAAUUACCUCCAUAUGGGUGCAGGGAAGACCUGGUAUGGUGUUCCCCGAGAUGCUGCCGUUGCAUUUGAGGAGGUCAUUCGCCUUCAGGGCUAUGGAGGAGAGAUCAAUCCUCUUGUUACUUUUGCUACCCUUGGUGAGAAGACCACUGUCAUGUCGCCAGAAGUACUGCUUAAUGCUGGUGUUCCAUGCUGCAGGUUGGUGCAAGAUGUUGGAGAAUUUGUUGUCACCUUUCCAAGAGCUUAUCACUCAGGGUUUAGCCAUGGGUUUAACUGUGGGGAGGCCUCUAAUAUUGCUACUCCUGGAUGGUUGAGGGUUGCAAAAGAUGCUGCAAUCCGUAGGGCAUCAAUUAAUUACCCUCCAAUGGUCUCACACUUCCAGUUGCUCUAUGAUCUAGCACUUUCAUUCUGUUCAAGGAUGUCGAAGAACAUUCGAACAGAACCAAGGAGUUCCAGGCUGAAGGACAAGAAGAAGGAUGAAGGAGAAGCACUGGUCAAGGACUUUUUUGUUCAGGAUUUGGAGCAAAAUAAUUCUCUUCUUCACAUGCUUGGAAGAGGAUCUUCAGUUAUACUUCUUCCGAGGAAUUCUACUGAAAAUUUUAUUCCUGCAAAUUUUCAAGGAUCCCAGUUUAAGUUAAAGCCUGGGCUGUUCUCCAGCGUAGACUGUCCAGAUGACGUGGUGGAAACUGGAAAAGAUUUAGAUCUUGACAAUCCAUUGAUAGGAAGAAAACAGGGAAUGAAACAAAUACCAGGAGUAUGUUCAAAUAAAGGAAAAUCUUCUCCAUUAUGUGAAAGUAGUAGGCUUCCUAAUUCGGGCAGAGACUCUAAUGUUUCAUCGGCCAUUGUUCAUGCUAAUGGGAACAUGAAUACAGCUAGUGAAAGAGCUUAUAACUGUGAUAGGUCAUCGGAGAAUGGACUAUUUUCAUGUGUAACUUGUGGUAUACUUUGUUACAAUUGUGUUGCCAUUGUUCAACCGACAAAAGCAGCUGCUCGUUGCCUGAUGUCAACUGAUUAUGCUAGUUUCAGUCAAUGGAGAGAAGCUGGGUGUGGGACCAUGGCUGUGGAUGCAGAUACAAAUGUUACCAUGUUAGGUUCAUCUUCAGGGUUGAUGGUAAGGAGGCCACCGGAUAGUUUGUUUGAUGUCUCCAUAAAACCUACUAGUCAAUUAAGCGAUGAAAGUGUAGGAGUGGUUUCCACUAGUAGAACUCACAAAGUGAGUUCUUCCCUUGGUCUGUUGGCUUCAACUUACGGUGAUUCUUCCGACUCUGAGGCUGAAGCAGAUGUUUCUGUCAAGGAUAGUGAAGGCAGAUCUAUGGUUUGUUCACCUGAGGAUGAGAUACCUCUCCAGCUUGUUAUUGACCCUUAUGCAGAUCACAGACAGAGACGAGCUCAACGUGCCGGUGGAAAUCGUUCCAGUUUUGACUAUUCUGUUGAUUCAGAAACCGCUAAUCGUACAUCAAUACUGUCAUGUGGUUUGCAAGAUAGACGAGCUGUGCCAAGCUGUGUUCCGUCUGCCCAAAAGCCGCCAGAAAGAGCUGUCAAGAAUGCUCUCGUCGUCCCCUUUGGCGAUGAAGAUUCUUCCAGAAUGCACGUUUUCUGUCUCCAACAUGCUGUUGAAGUGGAAAAAGAACUCCAGUUGAUCGGUGGGGCUCACAUUUAUCUUCUCUGUCAUCCUGAUUAUCCAAAACUAGAAGCUCAAGCGAAAAAAAUAGCCAAAGAGUCUGGAAGUGAUCAUCCGUGGAAUGAGAUUUUGUUCCAGGAAGCCACUAAAGAGGAUGAGAAACUCAUCCGGUCAGCUUUAGAUAGUGAAGAAGCAAUACACGGGAAUGGGGACUGGGCUGUGAAAUUGGGCAUCAAUCUCUUCUACAGUGUCAAUCUUAGUCGCUCAACUCUCUACCGUAAGCAGAUGCCUUACAACUCCGUGAUUUACAAUGCGUUUGGAUGCAGUUCUCCAGGUGGUUCUCCUACAUCGUCGGAAAACAAUACGAAGGUUCCCGGGAAGCAUAAGAGAAUAGUUGUUGCUGGAAAAUGGUGCGGGAGAGUCUGGAUGUCUAACCAGGUUCAUUCUCUUCUUGCCGAGAGGGUUUCUGAUGAACCAGAGAUACGAAGAAAUGCUUCUGCUGCUCGGUUCAAUCCCGAUGGAAAGCCGCCUAUGAGGUCUUUGGAGUGUAACCAGACUACUGAAACAGCCACUCCAGUUUGCAGGACUGGAAAAAAGCGGAAGUCUGUAACAGAAAGUAGGCCUCCCGCAAACUCCAAAUCUAUCAAGACUGAUGAUGAUCCCGAUGAAACUUCAUCUGUUGGUUUCUCUCAACAGAAACCGAAAACUAAUCUUAGAAACAAGCGAAUUAAGCGAGAGGCAGCAGAUGAACCUCAAAAGGACAGUGACAAGAAGAACAAAGGAGGAGUCGACUUUGUUUCCGAAGAUGAGGUAGAAGGUGGGCCUAGCACACGGCUGAGAAGAAGAGCCCCGAAACCAGCUAAACAACAGUUGGAAACUAAACCAGCUAAACAACAGUUGGAAACUAAACCAAUCAAAGCAAAAUCAGCGUUAAAGAAGCCCGAGCCUAAGAAUCCAAAGCAACAGGAGAAUAAGAAGGCAAAGAAAGGCAGUGGCGGUGGCGGCCCCGUCAUGAAGGUUCCAGCUGGUAAUAGCAGCAACCCAAAGAAAGCUCCAGCAGUGAAGAAUCCUCCAAUUAGUAAUAACGGUCAUAAAAAGGGCGUUCCAAAUAAGGGUCCAGCCAACAGUGUGAAGGCUCGGGAUGAGGAAGGAGAAUAUCCAUGUGACCUGGAAGGUUGUGUGAUGAGUUUCGACUCAAAGCAAGAACUUGUAAUGCACAAAAAGAACAUAUGCCCAGUAAAGGGGUGUGGGAAGAAGUUCUUUUCCCACAAGUACUUGGUGCAACAUCGUCGUGUCCACAUGGAUGACCGCCCCUUGAAAUGUCCAUGGAAAGGGUGCAAGAUGACAUUCAAGUGGGCAUGGGCUCGAACCGAACACAUUAGAGUUCACACCGGUGCUCGUCCUUAUGUUUGUGCUGAGGCUGGCUGCGGCCAGACGUUUAGGUUCGUGUCUGAUUUCAGUCGCCACAAGCGGAAGACUGGGCAUUCCACGAAGAAGUGAAGAUGGAAAGGUAAAUUGCUAUUUAACUUGGCUGCUCAUUCAAAUGUUGUUUAAUUAACACAAAAAUAGGGGUAGGUGUAGUAGGAGGAUUGAAAUCCAUCCAUCCAUGUAAUUUUCCAUUGGUACAGACACUUUUGCUUUGUCAGGGUUCCUUAUCUGAUUUGAUUUCAGCUAGGACUAGGGCAAUUGCUUCAUUAUGUAAGAGAAAAAAAAAAUAUGUCCCAACAGAAGGAAUCUAACAUUUGAAUUCAAGUCUUGGAUUGGUGUCA